AUGUCUUUAUCAACAGAAAAACUCGAACAAUCGCUGUAUGAUUUAUGCUUAAAUUUCUACGAGACUGAAGUAGAUGCCAAAGACAUUGUGUUUUCAACGCACUCGAUCUUUGUGGCGUUUCUGUUGUUGUAUGUUGGUUCGAUGGCAGAAACGAAGAAGCAGCUAGAGAAGGUGUUUGGCUUUGACAAAUUGGACACCCCCGAAUUGUAUGAGUUGAUUGCCUUGAUUGCAGCACCUCCCAAGGAAAACAACACAACGAAGUAUGAACUGUUCAACUCGAUAUGGGCAGAGCAAAGUGUUCAAUUCAAAGAUGCGUACAUUGCUGCUGUGAAGAAGCUUGAUGCUGUUGUUGACAAGGUUGAUUUCUCAAAUAGCCCAGAAAGUGCACGUGCACAAAUCAACGCUGUGGUGAUGGAAAAGACUGGUGGGUUGAUAACAGAACUGUUGUCGUCUGGGUCUGUUACAAGCGACACAAUUGCUGUUCUUGUCAACACAAUUUAUUUCAAAGGGGAGUGGACAACACCUUUCGAGACAGCUGAACUCAAUUUCAAAGAUGUUGGUGUUGUUGCUGCAAUGGAAAUCAACGACAAGUUUCAAGCUGUUUUCAAUGAAGAAUACACAGCAGUGAAAGUCCCAUACAAUGCUAACUUUUCGAUGGUUGUGGUCAUGCCAAAAAACAUGGCCGCUUUCGAACAAGCAAAAGAGUACAAGAAUGUCCACAACAUUGUCAGCGACGUUUUCAAUGCUCCGUCAAAGAAAAGAUUGUUGAAAAUGCCAAAGUAUUCAAUCGAGUGGGGCGGUUCUGUCAAGAAAGACUUGAUCAAUCUUGGCUUGACAAUCCCAUUCACACCACAGGCUGACUUCAAAGGCGUCACAGACACUGGAAUUGCUGUCUCUGAUGUAAUUCACAAAGCAAUCAUAAAAGUCGACGAAAAGGGCACUGUGGCAACAGCGGCAACGGCUAUUGUAUGCGACUGUCUUUCUCUAGAAAUUGAAAUUCCAGAGGAUGUGAUCAUCAACAAGCCGUUCUUCUUUGUGAUUGUUGAUCCACACUCACUCCCAAUUUUCUUUGGAAAGUGCACAACACCAAAGUUCACUGAAUAA